CUGCUAAAGACACAGAAGGGGGAGGGAGAGAGACAGAGACAGAGAGAGGCAUAGAGAGGAGGGCUUAAUGCCCCAUUCCCGCCAGGGCAAAGACUGAAGCUCCACACAUCUCCAGCCAGCACAAUCUUCAUUUCUCCAGGAUAGUGCUCCACCAGAGGGGUCUACCCUCACUCCAGCUUGUCCACUGGCACUCUCUACACAGGCAAGAUCAUGUCGCAUGAUGUCAACACAACCGAUUACCCUCACCUGUGGUUCUACGAUUGCACCUUUGACCUGGACAGGGAUGCACGGCGCAUUGCCCUCUUCCUCCUCUACCUGUUCCUAUUCAUGGUGGGCCUGGCCGAGAACAGCUUGGUGGUUUGGGUGAACUGGCGGCGACGCCACUCUGCCAGUGGCGUGCUCUUCUGCAUCAUCAACGUCAGCCUGUCCGACCUGAUGGUGGUGCUCACUAUGCCCUUCUUCAUGCUAGAGGUGACCAUGGACAAGGUAUGGAUUUGGGGCCGCUUCUUGUGCAAGUUGACCCACCUCAUCUACGUCAUCAACUUCUACAGCAGCUCCUUCUUUCUGGCCUUCAUGACCCUGGAGAGGUACCUGUCCUUAACGCGACCGAAUGCACUGCCCUUAUUCCCGCUGCAGCCCAAGCACAGACGCUGGCUGCUUUGUGGCGGGCUGUGGCUGCUGUCCGUGGUGCUGGCACUCCUGGAGAACGUGCAUGUGGACCUGCUGGAGUGGGAUGAGCCCGGCUGCUACAUGGUGCCUGAACACAAUUACACCGAAUGGUUUGUAUCUGUGGCUUUCCUGUGUCUGAUCUUCCAGUUUCUGGGACCUGCAUCCAUGAUCAUCACCUGCAACGUCCUAAUUGCCCGAGCUGCCCGGGCAUCCCCGGAUGUCCAGGGCCGCCGGGACCUGUGGCUAGUGCACGUCUACUCACUGGUGUUCGUGGCCUGCUGGCUGCCCUACCACUUGGUGAUGUUCCUAUUGAUGGUGGAUGACUUGAACCCACACCUGAUGUCCUGCAAUGCAGUGGAGGUGCUAUACUUCUCCUUCAGUGUAGUGCAGUGCCUUUCGCUUUUCCACUGCAUUGCCAACCCCAUCCUCUACAACUUCUUGAGCAAAAGCUUCCGCGCCAAUCUUAUCAACGGCAUAAUUUCCUACAUCUCUCCUCUACCACCUGCCAGUGCCAACGCCCCAGCCAACGGCACGGGGACAGCGGCGCCAGGGAAGGAGCGAAAGAUCAGCAAUGCCAGCACCAGUCACUCAGAUAUAGGACCCUAAAGAAUUUAAAUCCCAGCAGCUCACUGUAGAGUCCCCUGGGAGAAGCAAGAAAGGAAACACUUUGGAGCUUCUCCUAAUGUGCUGCUGUGAAUAAAAAUAAAUUCUCAAUGUUUUCCCAAAAUGUCCUUCUAAAAGACAGUUAGUAACACCUUUGGACACUCAAAGCAUCACACCAUGAUUGUCAUCCAUCUUCAUGUUUUUGUUUUUUUCUUGUUUGUUUUUUUUUUUUGGAAAGGGUUAGGCUAAUGUUCCCUUCAAAAAUGUCCAAUUUUUUGCACAAGAACAAACAGUGAAUGACAAAGAACAUUUAAAGACUCUAAAUGGUUUGUUUUUAUUGCUUGUAAACACUGUAGUCAAAAGACUCGCUGGAGUUGAAAUCUUAUGUAAACAAAUACCACUUUUGGCAUCCCCAACUUUGGUUUCAAGAGAGGAAGGAAGAAAACUGCCUGCCUCAGACUCCCACAGGAAGCAAUGGUAACAUCUAGGAACACGCCACACUUCAAAGGAAACUAUUAGCCAAGUAUGAUCUGUUCACUG